CAGUUAUAAUUAAAAUACAAUUAAAUUAAACACAUUUUGCAUUCAUUUAGAUAUUUAUCGACAAAUAUAUAGCGAUUGACGAAAUGGUCGGAGCAGUGGAUCAGAGUCAUUUACUGAACUGCCAAUACCUGCCAUGGGUUGGCACAGCUGUGGCCGUCGGUUACGCCGUGUAUCUCACUUUGAGGACAAAGUCUGAGGCGGAUGGAAGUGAUGGCAAGCCGUGCGUCAAUCUGUGUCUGCAUAAGGGAAAGGACAAAGUGGUGGACUCACUAGACAUCGAAGAUUUGGGCGAUAAGAGUGUGUUCUGUCGGUGUUGGCGCUCAAAGAAGUUCCCGUAUUGUGACGGCGCCCACAAUGACCACAACAAAGACACCGGCGAUAAUGUCGGACCACUUAUCAUACAAAAGAAAGCCAAUUGAUUGCAUGACACAAAUGGAUAC